UACACACACCCUCUUUUUUCCCCAGCCCCCCUCUCUUACCCGCAUUGCAAGCUCAUGCAAACACUCUCACGUACUCCGAAGCAAAAGCAAGCGCAACCGCUGGCCCGGCGCCAGAGGAGGGAGCUGGGCCGCCUCCCUGCCAGCAGGCUUUGUUCCGCGCGGCCGGGCAGCGCGGGGAGAGCGGCUGCAGCGCUGCUCGCGAGCGGCUGGCGUUUUGGCAGCUCCCCCGCCGCUUAAUUCCCUCUGUGCUCUUGCGAACUAGCCUGAACUGAGAGCGGCGAAGCUAAGAGCUGGGACCGUCAGGGCAUAAAGGACCCGAGAUCAUCAGUUAUCGGCGUCUUUGUAGGGCGUGGGGGCCCAUCUGUUCCACCACGAAAUUCAAGGCCUGCAUCUAGUACUGAAAAUUGUGGUCAGUGAGGUGCUUGUUCUCUGCAUCCUGGAGAUUCCCUGCACAAUGAUGCCAGUCUCUGCAGGCUGACCUUCACCGAAUGGUUUUGUGAAGGAAAAGAACUCCAGAAUUCCCCUGACAUUCAGAUCCAUUCUGGAAGUGGAGGACUUCAUUCCCUAAUUAUAGCAGAAGCUUUUGAAGACGAUACUGGACGCUAUACUUGUCUGGCUUCAAAUUCAGUUGGUUCAGAUAGUACAUCUGCUGAAAUAUUCAUUGAAGGUGCCAGUUCCACAGAUUCAGAGAGUGAAAGUUUAAUUUUCAAAUCAAAAUCUGGAGCUAUGCCACAGGCCCAAAAGAAAACCACCUCUGUUUCCUUAACAAUAGGAUCUUCUACACCAAAGUCAGGAGUCACCACUGCUGUUAUUCAGCCUAUCUCUGUGCCCAGUCAGCAGGUCCAAAGCCCUACUUCACAUCUCCACCGUCUGGAUGGAUCCAAGCCUAUCUAUUCUGCACCUAUUUUUACAAAGGAGCUACAAAACUCCACAGCAUCUGAGGGACAAGUUGUGGUGUUGGAAUGCAGGGUCAGAGGAGCCCCUCCCAUUCAUGUCAAGUGGUUUCGACAGGGCACUGAAAUUCAAGAUUCUCCAGACUUUCGAAUUCUCCAAAAAAAGCCACGAUCUGCAACUGAACCUGAAGAGAUAUGUACCCUUGUAAUUGCAGAAACAUUUCCUGAAGAUUCGGGAGUUUUCACAUGCACAGCAACAAAUGACCAUGGGUCAAUAACAAGCAGUGCACAACUGAAUGUCUGCUCAGCCAAUUCAGAAAGCUCUAGUUAUGAAUUGUUAACAAGAGAAUCCAACAGUGAUGAUUUCCACCGUUUCCAACCACUUACUCCAGUGGAAAUUAGCUCUCUUGAGCUUCCUCCUAAGAAACAUACAGAGACCCACCAGGUAAACAACACUGAAUUGAGAUCUGGUGUGACAGCCCUUCAAUUACAGCAUGAUGCAUCUGAGGAAAAAACAAAUGGUAUCCAUCCCAUUCAUGGAGUAAAUGGAAUGAUUAACAGCAAACCAAACAGUGAUAAAUCCAUCUCCCCUUCAGCUGUCUUGCUUUCACCCACAAAGGAGCCACCACCUGUGCUUGCCAAACCAAAGCUGGACCCUCUAAAAAUACAGCAACUGCAGAACCAAAUUCGUCUAGAGCAAGAAAGUGGCCAGCGGUAUCAUCACCAACAGCAACCCGAUCACCACCUGCACCCUCCCACUUCUCCUUCCUUUCCUCCUCCCCCCUCCUUUCAGGAGCUUGAAUCCUGCCAGUCUGUCGCUUCUGUGCCAAUGAGUGUUGUGAACUCUCAUACUUCUCCCACCAUGCAGUCUUCCAGCUCCUUCAACUAUGCUCGGCCUAAGCAGUUCAUUGCUGCUCAGAACAUCAGCCCUGCUUCAGGUUAUGUGACUCCUUCUUCAGGAUCAUCUACAUCCAGCCUUCCCUCUCCUAUGUCUCCAACUGCUUCUCAGAAACAGUUUGGGAGAGCACCUGUUCCCCCUUUCUCCCAGCAGUUUGCUCCAGAAGGGGAGUACCCAUGGUCUCCUUCUUCUCCAUCCCCUCCCCCACCGCCUCCACCUGUCUUUAGUCCAACCACAACAUAUCCUGUGUGUGAUUCCUUUCCACUUCCACCUCCUCCACCCCCGCCUCUUCCUUCAGUUUCUUCCCCUUCCCACAGCCUGUCUCCUACUCCUAGAUUUCCUAAUUCCGGACAAUCUCCAGCAGCUUUUCUCAGCUCCAUGCUGCCAUCCCAGCCACCACCUGUUUCUGUCAAUGCACUAGGGCUCCCGAAAGGAGUGACACCUCCGGGAUUUCCCAAGAAAACAGGCAGAACUGCUAGGAUAGCAUCAGAUGAAGAGAUUCAAGGGUCAAAAGAUGCUGUAAUUCAGGACCUGGAAAGAAAGCUUCGUUUCAAGGAAGACCUUUUGAACAAUGGGCAACCGAGGUUGACGUAUGAGGAAAAAAUGGCUCGCCGAUUGCUGGGAGCAGACAGUGCUGCAACUGUCUUCAAUAUACAAGAACCGGAAGAGGAGCCAGCUAUACAGGAGUAUAAAGUCUCCAGCUUUGAGCAAAGAUUGAUCAGUGAAAUUGAAUACAGGCUGGAGAGGUCUCCUGUGGAGGAAUCGGAUGAUGAGGUGCAACAUGGAGAUGAUCCUAUUGAUAACAGCGUGUCACCGUAUUUUGAGAUAAAGCUGAAGCAUUACAAAAUCUUUGAGGGAAUGCCAGUCACAUUUACAUGCAAAGUGGCAGGAAAUCCAAAGUCAAAGAUUUAUUGGUUUAAAGAUGGGAAGCAAAUUUCGAAAAGAAGUGAUCACUACCAAAUUCAAAGAGAACCUGACGGAACUUGCUCGCUGCAUACUACAGCCUCCACCCUGGAUGACGAUGGGAAUUACACUAUUAUGGCAGCCAACCCACAGGGCAGAGUAAGCUGCACUGGAAGGCUCAUGGUUCAGGCUGUAAAUCAAAGAGGCCGUAGUCCUCGGACACCUCCUGGUCAGCCUCAUAUUAGAAGACCACGAUCUCGAUCAAGGGACAGUGGUGAUGAAAAUGAACCAAUUCAGGAACGAUUCUUCCGGCCUCAUUUCCUGCAGGCUCCUGGAGACCUGACUGUGCAAGAAGGAAAACUCUGCAGAAUGGACUGCAAGGUUAGUGGAUUACCAACUCCAGAUUUAAGCUGGCAACUUAACGGAAGACCAAUUCGUCCUGAUAGUUCUCACAAAAUGUUGGUGCGUGAGAACGGUGUACACUCCUUGAUCAUAGAGCCAGUCACAACUCGAGAUGCUGGAAUCUACACAUGUAUCGCCAGCAAUCGAGCUGGUGAAAACACAUUCAGCCUGGAGCUCAUCGUUGCAGCUAAGGAAGUACACAAAGCACCUGUGUUUAUAGAGAAACUACAAAACACAGGCGUGGCUGAGGGAUAUCCAGUGCGACUGGAGUGUCGAAUCUUGGGGGAGCCAUCUCCUCAGAUAUUUUGGAAGAAAGAGAAUGAGUCACUCACGUACAACACUGACCGAGUGAGUAUGCACCAGGAUAGCCACGGCUACAUUUGCCUGCUUAUUCAGGGAGCUAUGAAAGAGGAUGCCGGGUGGUAUACUGUGUCAGCUAAGAAUGAGGCUGGGAUUGUGUCUUGCAAUGCCAGGUUGGAUGUUUAUACUCAGUGGCAACAACCGCCUCAGACAACCAAGCCAAAGAAGGUGCGGCCCUCAGCCAGUCGAUAUGCAGCACUUUCUGACCAAGGACUAGACAUCAAAGCAGCUUUCCAGCCUGAAGCAAAUCCAGUUCAUCUGACAAUGCCAUCUGGCUUGGUAGAAAGCGAUGAUCUGUAGAUCCAAGCUGCCACCUCCAUCUUUCUUUCAAAGCAGAAACACUGAAAGCCAUUGCCUUGACCAAUGAUACUCCUAUGUCACUUUAUGCAAAGGCAGACACCUUCAAGUACAAAAGGUAAACAACAAACACAACAACCAUAUAUUCCUUAUUCAUUAUACCAAAUUAGAAAAAUAGAUUAUUAAUAGAAAUGUACACAUUGCACAACAAAUCACAUUCACCAGUUCCUUAUACCUAAGUCGCUUCAGCUCUUACAAAUAACCCUUUUCAUAAAGGCCAAAAUACUACAGUGAGACAGACUUUUCAGAAGAAAACACUAUUUAUCACUACACGCCUUCAUAAGCAACAAGUAGAUGCUACACAAUCUUAAUGGUGCAAGAUAUUUUAUUUGAGGCCAUUAGAUCACAAAAGUAGAAUGUAUCGUUAUCUCUGUAGUUCUAAAAUGGCAAUGCAUUCUGAUAGCUACAAUGAACAAGUGCAAUACUGUAAGAAUAAAACAAGAAGGGACAAGGAAGAGAAAUGUAAGCAAAUGCUGUAUUUCUGCAAACUGCUUUCUAUUCUACAAUGAAAAAAAAAUACCUUGCCUUAAAUGCUGUUCAUAUGAGCAAUCCUAUAAUGCAACAUCGACACCAUAAUUUUUAAUUCUUUUGUAUUUUUCCUUUUUGCCACCUAAUAGGAGGCUUACUUAUAAACAUACAGCAAAGCUAAUUUAAGCAUAAAUAAUGUAACCUCUUCAAGAUAAUGAAGAAUAAGAGCUGAGUGUAAUAACAGUCUACUACAGACUAUGAAUCUGAGCACCUAGAUGGAAAAAAUGCCAACAGUAUGAACCACUGCAUUAAGUUACUGCCAAGGGGGGGGGGGGGGGGGGGGGGAGAACAGGGCAUGAUGUUGAAACUCUCUAUCAAUUUCUGGAAAAUAGUCUGUAACCUUGUAAUACUACCAUGCAAACACCUGAAAUUCCAAGGUCAGCUGAGAAAUAGGGAGUAUAUGUAUGGGACAUCUGACUGUUUAGAGCUUGUGUAAUAUGUAUGAGGAUUUUAGAAAUGUAUAGUAAGUGAAAAAUGGGUUGAGACUGCGAUAUGAAUUUAAAUGACAAGUAUACACCAUAAGUGAUAGGUUCGCAGAUCUGAGGAAGUAGAGAAUGAAGCUGGACUACAACAAAAUUUGUGCCUUUUUUUUUUUUCUUAACACGUCUCUGGUAGAUUUUUUAUUGUUGUUGUUCUCCUCCCUGCUGUAGGCUAAUAACACCUCUUUUAAUGGGUAGAGGCUGUGUGCAGUAGGUAAAAUACCUUAAGGCUACUUUCAGAAUGCAAGGCAAAUCCACAUCAAACUGGAGCCCUACCUAGUCAAACCUGACUAGGUAGUUUUAAAUUAGAACCAAAUGAAUUUCAGAUGAAGGGGAGGGAGGGAUGGAAGAAUCAGUAGGCCUGACAAGAAAAAUUAACAUUUGAUGGUACGAGCAUACUUUGCCAUGAAAGGAAAACACUGUAUUCCUUAUAUGAAGCACAUAUAUGGUAUCUUUCAUUAUUUAUAAUAAAAGUGUUGAAAUCUUUUAUCUCAGUUCAGUUAUUCAGAAGUCCUGUACUUACUUAGGAGUUUUUUUAAUUUUGUAAUUGUGUACACCAUAUAUUGCAUUACCGCUAUACGUGUAUUGCUUUGUAAGUACACAAAGUUUGUUUUGUUUUUUAGUGACUAAUAAACUUUAGCACAUAAGGUAGUACUAUUCUAUGCAAACUGGUGCAGGAUAUGACCAGUUAUGGGGAUCGUUACUCUAAAUUAAUGUCAUAGUCUGUCAUAUGGGAAUAAUCUGAUUAUAUUCUAGCAAAAGGAUGUCAUAUCAUUUGCCAAAUUUUUCUUGACUGUGACAUGUUAAUUUACUUUUUUUGUUUAGCUUCACUAGCAUUAUUUUGCCACCUUUUAUUUGUAUUUAUAAAAAUGUACUAUCAUUACUUUGGAUUGUUGUGCUGAUAUAAUGUGGGUUUAACAUCAAUAAAUAUUACACAAAUAGAAAGUU